AUGCGCCGUGUGCGACAGAGGCUUGGGGUGCGGUGGCUCUCAGGCUCGACAGCCGCGACGUGGCGCCUGAAUACCGAGGUGGUGGGCCCUUUUCGAAGGUGCAGUACGGCCGCUGAGGGCACCGCACCUUCCGCCUCUACAACGCCCUCCUCCGCGGCGCCCCCUCUCCUUCCGUCGUCGUCGUUGGCGACCUCUCUGGCAGCACCCAAGAUCCUCUCCGAUGCCGCCGCACUUUUUGACCACUACUUCGGCGACGUGUCCACCACGCUUGACAUCGCUCCCGUCAAGCGACCGCAUGUUGUGGGGAGUCUCGUGUGUGCUUUGGAGGAGUAUCCGAUCAGCGUCGUCCUCGUGGAGCAGUGUUGCGGCACCUCUGCCGAGGCCGUGACCGAGAGUGUGCGGUGGAGGGCCAUCCAUAGUGCACAGGUAAUGCGUGGGGUGUCGUGGAAGUCAACAAAGACGUUUCUCGUUCAUCACCUGUGCACUGCUCGGCCGAAUGUGAUCGAGCUGCUUGACGCCCUCGAUUUGACACUACGAGUGCGGCUGCUGCGGCAGGAUGACCUCGCUGCCACUGCUGCUGAGCAGGAGAGGACGAGUGGCGACGAGCGCGGCGUCGCCUCCGAUGUGUCGUCGCGAAAAACCAAGAAGUCGACGGGGCAGAGGUGGCGGUGCUCCGCUGAGCUGUACGAUACGUGGCACACACAGCCGCGCUUUACGCCUGUCGAACCCGCCGCCGGUGGCGGCGAGGAGUCGGGGGACGAUGAGGUCGGUGAGCUGCUGGAUGUAAUCGAGGGGGCCCUGACACGGGUGGAGGCGAAGCUGCGGCAACUGCACAUGCGAUACGCAAGGGACAGCGUGGAGGAGGCCUGCAGGUUUGUCCAGGAAGCCGGCGGCGACUUCUGCGAAAUGCAGCUCACAAUGCGUGGCCUUCGGGCGUGUAUGGAGAAGGGCGACCAUGCUCUAUACCAUGCGACUCGGCACUGCCCGUGGUGGGGCGAGGUGCGAGCACGCCGUUCCUGGUCUCUCCAGUGCAACGCUGACAUGGACGUGAAACACUCAAAGGCCGUGGCGUUUCAUCUCUGCCUUGCCUUCACGCUGCACGCCACCCGCAGCGACGAGACCAACGGCGAAAGUGGCGUGGCAGCCGUACUUCAGUUGUCUGAAGCACAUUGUGGGCUCGCUCAGCUUGUGGACAACAAGGCAGCCGAUGGCGUGUCCCGCCGCUACACAAACCCGGCGAGCUGUUCGGCACUUCUACAAGACCUGUACGCGGUAUCCACCCUUUCACGCAUACUGGCAAGUGGGCGCUUGUCUCCCGCUACAGACUGGACGUGUGGACCGAUGGACUUGGCAAAUCAUCUCGUGAGCGCGGCGGCCGUGCUUUCUCCGACGGUCGCCUACGACUGGAUUGGCGCCACUCGAGGCGGCAGCGAGUCAGUUGCGCAAGGAACGCCAUGUAGAGCGCAGGAGACGGUGUCCACUGCCGCGGAUGUAGGACUGCCGGCUUGCGUGCGCUGGAGCUCCUUUGUGGGGCGGGCCAACUUAGACGACUUUGUAGUCCAUCUCCGUGGGGCGAUUGGUUCACGAGAGCGGAGCGCCGCGACAGAUAGCUGUGCUUUGCCACCGCUGUGGCCGCAGCUGGGUCUUCUUCACCCCGGCACACCCGAAGACCGAUGCGCCGCCUUGCGAGAGCUUCUCCGGCACGAGCAUGGUCUGCGGGGGUUGCCUCGGGUCUCGGUAACCGUAUGCACCACUCCACUCUUCUCGCUCGAGUACGACGCGGAGCUCAUAGUAAAGGACAGUGAUACCAACGCGAAGCGAGUUUCACAUUGUACGGCAGGCGACCUCACCAGCAUUCAAAUCUUGUGCGGUGAUUGCUACGCGGACGUCGCGGCUGCGGCGCAGGUACACACGCCAUGGGCAGCUCCACUCUGCAACGCCACUUCAGCACCUCUGCCGGCGACCACCGCGGUCGCGCAACGCGGCAAAGGCGAUCACAUGGACACGUGCUCUGUUUUUCCCGACACGGGCAAUCGAACCCACGACGCGACCAACCCCGCGUUUGAUGCGCUGGAGUGCAUCUCGGUGGACGUGCUCUCCAUCAGCGACUCCAUGUUGGCGAUGGGGUUCACCUCUGCGACAUGGACCGCCAACACAGCGAAGCUCGUGGCAAAGCGUGGCGACAAUGCCGCUCCUGCUGUGUUCGAGGGUGCGAAUACACUCUCUGGCUACCGGCGAAUUCUCCGCUUCUGUGCGAAACGACCGGUGUACAGGACGGCGUACCUACCGCGGCGCAGCACGCUACCGGAGGCGCUUCAGCGUCUUCUCGUCACCAUGGCGUCCAGUGGGUCCAAUGCCGACGACGACGUUGACACCUGCAAGCGAAGGGAUGACGAGUGGCCGGGUGCGCACACGGAGGAAGCAGCGAUUCUUCACGAUCAGGAGACGCGAGCUGGUCACACGCGCCUCGGGCGUUGCGGCACGCUGAUGCUCGUUUUUCCCUUCAACGCAGGGGCCGCUGCGCUGCAGGCGCAAACGAGCGCCGCUGCCAAGAAAAUGCAACAGACUCUUUUCUCAGCCGUGCAGGAGCACUGCCGUGAUUCGGCGCGGCUGUCCGUGUGGAUGCCUGCUCACACCCGCUCCAUGGAGGCUACCUUCUUCCACUCCUGGCCUCUGACGGCGCAGUGGCUGGUGCCUCACGGCAGUCCACUUCAUGCGUCGCUGACGCCGGUGUUCUGCGAGGAAGCAGCGAUACCGCGGCGGCGCAAUGCCGAAAAAGUGGCAGAGGACUCUUCAGGCCAUGGCGCCACCAAGUAUGAUCUGCACCUAUCCACCACGGCUUCCCCGUCAGCGUCGUCUGCGCAGGCGUGUAGCGGAGCGGAGCCAUGCUCGCCACCGUUGACCACGGCGGUAGUAGUGCGGCUCCCUGCCAGUGCGGCGUGGCUUUCAUCGGCGCAUACUGCGAUGAGGAGGGCUUUGAAGCUCUCACGCCCUGACCUGUUUGCGUAUCCUAGUAACAGUGUCGCCCCAUCGACUGCGCUUGGCGGGGAGGAAGGUAGCGAUGCCCCGGCAGGUGUGGAGGGGCUGCUUGUGCGCUGCGCGACCUUCACGCAGGUGGUCGAAGCGCUGCUCUUCACAGCCACCUUUUGUGAACUGACCGCGUUGGACGCGGAGGCCGUUCUCAAAGAGCUCUUUGGCCACAACGUGUACACGAAGAAAUGCGGCGCAGUGACGGAGUUGUGGCUCGUCGUCGCGCCACGCAUGUCGCCGGUACGCCUGUGCACUGUGAGCAUGAAAGAGGGCAAUCUCGGCGGGUCCUCGGAGAGAAAGUGGUCAAUGCUGCUGCAGUGUGUAAUGGACGCAUCCUGUCCCGAAGCGAGGGCGACCGUGGAAGCAAUGCGGCACCUGCGAAGGUGUGUUGCGGCGCUGGCCACCGAGAGUGACCGUGGUUGUCUGCCGCCGCAAUGCCAACUAUCGUGCGAGUGGGUCCUCAGGCCUUCGACUGCCAGCGAAGAGGAGCCCGUGGAGUGGACUCAGGUGUUUGUGGCAGAGCUGGUGCGUGGCUCACCUGUGCCGUCGACGUCGGCUUCUGGACCUCGGUGGUCGAAAGUCUCCAUGAGGCGGCGAGGGCUAGGGGACGUUGCGGUGCAGUCGAGCGACGGUGCAACCUCCGCAAAGUUGCCGACAAGUGUGAUGCAUCGCGAGGAAGGGCCAGACAGCUUUGGUGUCUUGUGGAGGAUGCUACACUCUCCUGCCCUGCAACCCGCACAGACGGCCAGCCUGCCCACCGCGGCGUCCGGACAAGAGUUGGCCAGUGCGCCCAUUCCUUCUCCUGGCGGGUUCAUCAAGGCUGCCCAAAGGGCACUCGCGCGGCAGCGCGGUGUCGCACGCGUGACUCACCGCUACGACAAGGAACUGGGAGGCGUUGUUGUCGAGGGGUGGGGACGGCUGCGGCAAAAUGGGAGCGAGGCGCCAUGCGAGACGCCGGUAACACUUGUGACUGAGCCGAUGGCCCUGCACUGUGUCCCCAUGCACUUGAUGCAACUUUAUCAUCGCCUUCUAGUAGAGACGCACGAGCUUCCCCGUAUCCGGGAGGCAGUGUGGGAGCGACUGGGGGCCGAGUGUGAGAAGACCUCGACAGAGACCAUCGUGCAGUCUCUAUGCGAGACUCUGGGCUGCACGCCUGCCGACCUUCAGAGCGUGGAGGUGCGGUACAUGAAAGUGUGGACGGCGCGCCUCGAGCUCCCUCUUCGCGUUUUCGGGUUCUCUGCUCCUGUGACGCCGUCGCCCCCUUCAUCUCCGUCUGCGCAAAACCCCUGCUGCGACGCCCCGCCCGCGCUGUACGUGUACUGCCAUCGCUCGUCAAAGAGGCAAGCGAUACGGAGUGUCUACACUCUCCUCUACCAGUGGACUCGCUAUCCACAGAUGGUGGCGUCGGUCAACGACGCACAGUUUCGCAUUGCGAGCAACAAGAGUGCCGUGUGGCCCCGCUGGGGUGCCGACUCUCCAUCGUCGCCGUCUGCGCCGCUACCGUGCCCAGCGACGACUGCCACAGCCGAACCUAGGCCGCCAAUGAUGAUGGAGUCCGCAACUUGUGCAUCAGAGGCUUGCGCGGCACCGACGGCUGCGCGUACGCCUCAGACGCUGAGCUCCGUCCUUGACGCAGCCCACGCGCGCAUGGAAACGUCUCUCGGCGCACUCGUAGGCUGCAGGGACGGCCACGUGACACUGCGGCUGAGUCAGACGUUUGGGCUGCAGCUGAUGUACGGCGUGGGUGCGGCGAAGGCGCAAGUGGAAGUAACCGAGAUGGAGUCUGUGCAGCUCCUGCGUGAGGCGUGGGUGCCGCUUGUGUGGGCGCCAGCGCAGAUUCUCAGCGCAGAGGUCUCCGUACUGCAGCGCCUCCUCACGCGCUCCACCACCACCACCGGCGGUGGCGAUACCGACGAUAUGCGAAGCGUUCUGCGGGAGCUCGUUUUCACCAAUGGCCUGGCGCAGCGAGCGGCAUUGCAGAGCGGACGUGAUGUGCGCGCGAAGGAGUUUUGCGUCUCGUUUUUCCGUCGCUACUUUGGCUGGCGCGUGUGCGAACGCGAGGACGUCGAGGACAUCUCCGUCAGCGAUGACCAGAGCACCGUUGUGAUUGUGCAGAAAGCUGAACAGGGUGCGCUGUCGCAUGGUGGACAGCGAUCCAGACCGAAACGCGUCGCCUUCUCGUGUCACAGCGGCGCGGCGCCGCCCGGUGAGCUCAGACACGCGACGGGUACUCUCCAGUUGACGCAAAUCGUGCCUGGUGCUGCAACGUCCGUCCGGCUUGGAAGGAUACUUGUUGAGGUGACGGGUGCGACCCCCCAAGCCGCCUUGGACGCCCUCUGGGAGCCGUGCACCCUCCAAAUCGAAUCCGUGUUCGGCGUGUCGCGCAGUAUGUCGCCACGCGAGGCAGACGAUCAAAUGUUGCGCUUUAUGCAGUCGCAGCUGGAGUAG